AUAGGUUUGUGCAUUGCUCAAACUCAGGGUUUUAAUGUGGGGACUUCUGAUGCAAAAAUAUUCACGGGUGCUAGUGGUGUAGAGUUUGGAUACAAUGUACAACAGUUCAGUAAUAGUCAAGGAAAAUGGCUGCUGGUUGGAUCUCCAUGGAGUGGAUACCCUAAUAACAGAACAGGAGACAUCUACAAGUGUAACAUCAGUAGUACCAGCUGUCAGAAGCUAAACUUUAAUGACUCUGUCAACAUAACUGGUGUGAAAAAUAUAAACAUCAACAUGAGUCUGGGUCUGACCCUCACUUCAAUAACUAAAUCUAAAGAAAAUGCAUUCAUGACAUGUGGUCCUCUGUGGGCCCAGAACUGCAGUAGUCAAUACUUUUAUCCAGGAAUCUGUGUUGAAGUGAACUCAAAUCUUUCACCUCAGCCGGCCUUCGCCCCAGCCAUUCAGACAUGUCUAAUGGAUGUUGCCAUUGUUUUGGAUGGAUCAAACAGUAUUUACCCCUGGGAUGAAGUUGUAAAGUUUCUUGUAAACCUUUUGAACAACCUUAAUAUCGGACCAGAUCAAACUCGAGUCAGUAUUAUGCAGUAUUCAGUGAAUGUGACUUCAUACUACAACUUUAGCUCUAACCAAAUCAAAGAAAAUGUUCUUUCAACUGCAAAAGAUCUUGAACAGAAAACUGGGACAAGCACCUUGACUUUUGCCGCAAUUGACAAUGUCAGAAAAGAAGCAUUUCUCCCUGAAAAUGGUGGCCGCCCAGGUGCCACUAAAGUGAUGGUAGUGGUCACUGAUGGAGAGUCUGCUGAUGGUCAUAAAGCUCGAGAGGUUAUUGACAAGUGUAAUAAAGAUGGCAUCAUUCGAUUUGGCAUUGCUAUUCUCAAAAAAGAUUUACCAAAAUUCAUCCAGGAAAUAGAACUAAUCGCUAGCACCCCUACAGAAAACUACAUGUUCAAUGUGUCAUCAGAGAUUGCUCUUAACACUAUUGCAGGAACUCUUGGGGAGAGAAUAUUUAACAUUGAAGGGACCAGCCAAGGAGAAAGAUUUAAAAUGGAAAUGUCCCAAGUUGGAUUCAGUGCACACCAGACCAAUAAGAAGAAUGAGAUCAUGCUGGGUGCUGUUGGUGCGUAUGGUUGGAGUGGAACCGUUGUUCAUCAGAAUGGUCAGGAAUCACAGAUUUUUUCCAAAAAUGCUUUUGAGAAAAUCCUGGACGAUAGAAACCACAGUUCAUUACUCGGAUACUCUGUCAGCACUUUGACUGACGGCUCUUCAGAGUUUUAUGUGGCUGGUGCUCCUCGUGCCGUUCAUAAAGGACAAGUUGUAGUUUACACCAUCGAAAAGAAACAACCCUUCAUUGUAGAUUCACAAAGAGGAGAUCAGAUCGGGUCUUAUUUCGGCAGCGUCCUUUGUCCUGUUGAUGUGGAUGGUGACGGUGUGACUGAUGUGCUGCUGGUUGGAGCUCUAAUGUACAUGAGUGAGAAGAAGUUUGAAACUGGGAGAGUUUAUCUCUUCUCCAUUAAUAAGGGCACCUUAGGCAAACAGGGCACCUUAGAGGGUUCCUCCCCACUGGAGAACGCUAGGUUUGGAACGGCCAUCACCUCAGUACGAGAUCUUAACCUGGACGGCUUUAGUGAUGUGGUGGUUGGAGCUCCACUGGAGGGCAACGGCCAAGGUGCCAUUUACAUCUACUAUGGAGAUCGAAAAACCAUCAGAAAGCAGAGCUCACAGAAAAUACUUGGAUCAAAGCUAGACCAAACACUUCGACUCUUUGGACGUUCUUUGGAUAGCCGUGAAGAUAUGAACGGUGAUUCAAUCCCUGAUAUUUCAGUCGGAGGAUUUGAGAAAGCUGUGCAGCUCUGGUCAAAGGGAGUGGCAUCUGUCACCACAACGGCCUCCUUCAACCCUGACAAGAUCAACAUUUUGAAAAAACCCUGCCUGAUUGGUGGAAGAAGGGUGUCCUGUUUUACUGCUAAAGUUUGUUUCAGGUCAACAUUCAGACCUAAAACAUUAGCGGGUCCAGUAGAUAUCAAAUACAACUUGACCCUGGAUGCUGACCUAGAAUCAUCUAGAGCCAUCUCAAGGCUCAGUGUUUCUAAUAAAGAACUGUGUUUACAUUAUAAAGUCUAUGUACAGGAGACUCCUGAUUUUGUGAAUGCAAUCGCUUUGCGGUUAGACAUCAGUCCACAGAAUCCAGAUAUCGGCCCUGUCCUGGAUGCAUUUCACCCUAAAGCAUGGGAGUUUUUUAUCCCUUUUGUAAAGGACUGUGGCUCUGAUGAGAAAUGUACUUGUGACUUGAAGCUGACUGUGAAAGCUGUUAAUGUACCAAGCUCAUCCUCACUGUUAGUGAACAAUGAGAGAAGAAGACUCUCCUUUUCUGUGACCGUAAUGAACAGAAAAGAAAAUGCUUACAAUACAAGAAUAUCAGCCAACUUCUCCGAUAACCUUUUCUACGCGUCUAUCACACCACCCAGUGACAACACCGAAGUAAAAUGCACUUCAAAAGCAAGUUCACUCUACUGCCAAGUUGGAUACCCAGCUCUGACAACUGGCCAAACAGUAUCAUUUGAGAUCAGCUUUGACUUUAACCUGAAUCAGCUGCAGAAAAACGCCAUUGUUGACUUUGAAGUCCAAAGUGACAGUGAGGAGGAAGUGACAUCAGAUAACAAAGUUUCUGUCAUCAUCCCGAUACAGUAUGACUCUGAAAUCCUUCUCACCAGGGACAUGAACUUGGAUUUUUGUUUGGUUGGCGUAGAAGAUCAAGUCAAAAAUACAGUCUCAGACUUUGAUGGCAUCGGCCCAGAAUUUAACUUAGUAUUACAAGUUUCAACAGGAAACUUCCCCAUCAAUCAGGCUGGUCUGACUGUAUCACUGCCCACCAGCACCACCACUGGAAAUCUUUUAUUAUAUGUGACCUCAGUGAAAACUGCACCUGUCGGAAAUGUGCAGUGUUACGACAGCAGUCUGGUUGACCCGUUGAAGAUCAGUGAGAAAGCGCACACUGCCAGCUUUACUAAAGAGAGCUUUAGAGGAACAAAAGAACUGAAUUGUCAGGUUGUAAAAUGUGAACCCAUUAAUUGCCGUCUCAAAGACCUGGAGAUAAAGAGCAACUACUUUGUUAACAUCACCGUCAGGCUCUGGAAUGGCACAUUUGCUUUUGCGGAUUUUCAGACAGUUUCAUUGGCUGGAGACGCUGUGAUCGAAACAUCUCAGCCUGAUCUCAUAGUCAUCACCCAUAAAAAACAGCAGAUAAGAAUUACAGUCAGUAAAGAAGGAGCCAGUGGUGACAUUCCUAUUGGUAUUAUCAUAGGCAGCGUCAUUGGCGGGCUUCUCCUUCUUGCACUAGUUACCGUGAUUUUAUGGAAGCUUGGCUUCUUCAAUAGAAAGAAAAUGCCAGAGACGACUGAACAGGACAAGGCAGAAGAAGAAGGAUUGUGAUAACACAGCACAAAUAGUACAGACAUACUCCAGUAUGUGGAUAUACUGGACAAACUUGACCCCAGGCCCCCUUUGAAGCUACUGAAUAGUUGUUUUUUUUUUGCACACGUUUCUACUAUGAACUGCAUGUUCUUGUACACAUGCACUGAUAUGGUACAUUGAGGUUUCCUACAGUAAAAUUAAUGAUAUUCAGUUUACAACUUUUUCAGAGCAAAAUGCACACCAGUACUGCCACUGGAUUUUGUUCUGAAUAAUAUUGUAUUUCAAAACAUCUCACAAUUGUUCUUUGCUGAUGUAGUUGACAGUAUCAGGAUGAACAAAAAAGUCUGUACAUGCAGUAGUGAGACACAGGGGUGGAGCAAGAUGUAUUAAGAAAUAUUUGCCAUAGACUGUAGUUUUUGUCUGCGAAUUUAUGCAUACUUCACAUUCUUGUUCUAACACACUUUAGGAUGUACCCUUCAUGCUUCUCAGGUAACACAAGUUAGCUUACAAUUCAAAUUCUGACUUUUUUACUUCUUUUACCUGCAAUGAAAUUAUGUAUAAAAUGUUUUUAAUAGUAACCACAUUAAAAUUAUAAAACCCUCUAU